AUGGGCCUCGGCGUCCUCGAAGAUUCCAAGCUCGACCAUGUCCCCGGGACUGUGCUGCUAAAUGACGAAGCAGCACAUUCUGAAGCAAUCACCCAAGGACUCAAACAUGGUAAAGGACGCGAUGGGAACAUUGUCCUGUCUCCUCAGCCCAGCGAGGAUCCCAAUGACCCACUGAACUGGCCUCUGUGGAAGAAGGAAGUCGCCAUCGCCAUCCUUUGCUUCGGAGCAAUGCUUAAUGCUGGCACUAAUGGCCCAUUUCUGAACGCGUCCUAUUUCUCCAUGUCACUGCAGCUCAACACAAGUAUCAACACAGUAGUCCUAGCAUCCGGCUACAAUCUCCUAGCCGCUGGGUGUAUCGGCCCAUUUGUUUCUGCCUUCAGUCGAAAAUAUGGAAAGCGCCCGGUCUAUCUCGUCUCCACACUUUUCGACAUCAUCGGAACGGCGGUUGGCCAGGCCAAAAUCGAUUAUAAGUACCUCCUAGCAGCUCGCAUCAUUCAAGGCUUCUCCACAUCCGCUUUCGAAUCCCUAAUUGUGGCAUCGGUUGGCGAUAUGUACUUCGUCCAUGAACGAGGCCUCCGCAUCGCAGUCAUCAACUUCAUUCUUAACUCGGCGUCCAGUCUAGCCUCCAUUAUUUGCGGGCAGGUCUUCCAGAGUCUCGGUUGGCUGUGGCUUUUCCACAUGUUUCAAAUCUUCCUAGUCUUCCAAUUCGUCCUUAUGUUCUUAUUCUGUCCUGAGUCAACAUACAUUCGCGAUGCUCGCUAUGACACCGACGUUGUUGCAAACGAAAAACUAGAUGAACUCGUGGUUAUUGAGCAAGAGCAUAAAGCGCAAGAGGGAGAACCAGGCCAAGGUUCGCACCAAGUCAAUAUCCCAAGGAAAAAGACAUUCGUCCAAGAAUUGGCUGUCUGGACGGGUGUUUACUCGGGCGAUAGCAUUUUCAAAUUCCUCUUGGGCCCCUUCCUCACGUUGCUCAAUCCUGCUGCUUGUUAUGCCAUCAUUGCUUCGGGUCUUCUGACCAGCUGGUAUGUCGGUUCGGCCAUCAUAUUGGCUGGUAUCUUUUCUGGCCCUCCUUGGAACUUUGAUGCAGCACAGAUUGGUUAUGUUGGUGCAGGCCCCUUUGUUGGAGGGCUUAUCGGUUCCCUAGUUUGCGGAUUCUUCGGUGAUUCAGUCAUCAAGAUCAUGACGAGGCGAAACAAGGGUGUUUAUGAACCUGAGUUUCGACUUGUUUUCAUGAUUCCAGCCUGCUUCGCAUGUGGGCUUGGAAUGUUCUUGUUUGGCUAUACUCUUGAAACCGGCGCUGCAGCCGAGCUUUGUGCUUUCCUACAGGGCGUGAUGAUGGUUGGCGUUCUAAUCGGAGUUUUCGCAACCCUGUCCUACGGCCUAGACUCCUUCAGAAGCCAGAGCAGCGAAAUUUUCGUCAUGAACAUGCUCUUCAAAAAUUUCAUGUUUUACGGCCUUUCCAACUUCGCCAAUCCUUGGGUGGCGAGCAAAGGUCCUGAACAAAUCAUGUUUGUCUUUGGUGGAACGUCAAUCUUCUUGUCGUUGCUCGCUAUCCCAGUCUACAUGUAUGGCAAGCGUCUACGAAGCUGGUGGACAAGACAUGACCUCUUCGUGCUAUUGAAGAUGCAGACAACUGGUUCUGAGGGUGCAAUGGGUUAA